UUUCUGAGUCAAUCCUGAAAAAUAACCAUUCAGUUAAGUAAUGCAUGCGUAAUAUAGUAUAACUUGAGUUUGUAUUCAUAAUCGGUUGGCACAGUUUAUUAUGUAACUAGCUUGCUAAGCGUGUGUUGUGCGAUAUCCGGCGCAUUUUCAGCUGACUAGCUAACUAACGGUGUCAUCAUGGCUAGGGUGCCAAUGGGCAAGGUGCUGCUGCGAAAUGUAAUCCGUCACACAGAUGCCCACAACAAGAUCCAGGAGGAGUCUGAGAUGUGGAAGCUGAGGGGGAUGGAGAAACAUCCCUCCACCAGCCACAGAACAAUGGCACCAGCCUCAAACUCAUCCAGGAGCCACAUGCACUGUGAUCGGGUUGAGGAUGGGGCUGGAUACAGGCUUGGGAGAAGAGAACACAGCUCUGGCCAGGAUGAGAGGGAAGCACGCUACUGGACAAAGAAACUGUAUGACUUUGAAUCCAAUGAUCCUGACAGAUGGGGACACAGCGGUUUUAAAGAACUAUACCCAGAGGAGUUUAAAAGUGACGGGGAAAGCGAUUCCAGUAAUCAGAAUGACCAUCGGAGAAAAAAAAAGUCAAAGUCCAGCUCUGAAACAUCCAAAUCGAAACACCUAAAGAAAUCCUCAAAAAAGAAGAAAAAGAAAAAAGAAAAGCGAAACAAGACAGGAGAGUCUGAUGAGUUCAGCAGCAACAAGAUCCACAGUAUCCAACAGAAACAGAAGAGGAAAAGAAGCAAAAGCAAAAAUAAGAGGAGAAAUUCUGAGCGAAGCAGAGAGAAAUAUGAGAGCAGUUAUGAGGUUAGUGAUAUUGAGGAGGGAGGGAAAGGAAAAAGAAAGAAACAACACAUGGAAUCUUACAGAGACUCUGCUUUAGGACCCGAGUCGAACAAGAAGAGGAGGAAAAACUGGAAAGAAGGAGAAGAAAAAUCAGAGGACAGUCCUGAGGAUUGAAUUUUUUUAUGAUUUGCAGUUUUCGUGCACCCCACCAGAUUGAUUUCCUGACGUUCUGAUGUUAUGACAAUCUUCUAUGCCUUUUUGUAUUCUGUAUUUAUUUUUUAAAGCUUUUGUAAUUCAUGGAAGUUCGGUUUUAACGGGAUGUCAAGUAGGACAAAAUUGUGAAAAUAAAAAUAUUUAGUCAAUUUUUUAAA